AUGAUUUCGAGGUUGAAUGGUCCGGCGGCCUUAAAACUGCAGAGGAAACCCUCUGUAGUAUUCAUCAGAGAGGAGACAUCAACAUCUAAAACUCUGGUAUCGGUAGCGUCUCCUUCCUCCAAUGCAAAAGGGACUCCUCCUCUUAAAGGGAGUACCAAAGCUAGAAGAUUGUCUUUUCCAAUCACAGAGAAAGAGAAAACUGUGGUUGAAGGAGGAGUAAAGUGA